UUUUAGUGAAAUAAACUAUUAGAAAUAUUAACACAUAUUGUAUAUUAUAAAAGUUCUAUUAUAUGAUAUGCAUGUAUAUGCAUAAAUUAAAUAUAAAAUGUAUAAAUAUCAGAAUGCCUGGAAAUCUUGCAUACAUCAUGAUAAUGGAUCUGAAAGUGCACCUUUAAUCUCUUCAGGAUCUCAUAUUAGUGUAGAACCUGUUAUAUUUCAAGAUUCUGAGACUAGUGAUUUAGAAUAUAUUCCAACAAAUUAUUUCAAAUAUGGUAGUCUUGAAACCUGUAAUUUACAUUCUAAUAUUACCAUAAUACCAAAAAGAUCCCUUACUGAAAAUCAUACUUUAGUUACAUCUUUAACAUUAAAUACUUGUUCUUCAUUAAAUGUAAUCCAAGAUAGAUGUUAUGAAAUCCAUAAUACUGAUCUGGAAAUUGUGGAAGAUACAUGUAAGGAUAUUAAAUCAAAACAAAGUUCUUUAGUUACAAUAUUUUCAAUAUGGAAUACAAUAUUAGGUUCUUCUUUAUUAACAAUACCAUGGGGUAUUCAAAUGGCUGGCUUUUUCCCUGGUAUUCUUUUAAUACUUAUAAUGAGUGGUUUAUGUUUAUAUACUGCUUAUUGUCUUUUACUUGUACAUAAUUAUUAUGGUGAACAAAAAAAUAUAGAAGUAAUUCAAUUGUGUCAAAUAUAUCUUAAUAAGUGGGCAGAAUAUGUUGCUAAAAUUUUUAGCAUUACAGUUUUGUUAGGUGCUACUAUAGCUUAUUGGGUUUUAAUGUCUAAUUUCUUGUAUAAUUCUGUGAAUUUCAUAUAUGAUAGCGUAGUUAGAGUAUCUCAAUUUCCUAUAAUUGACAAUACUUCUUUCACAUCAGAAGUACUAUGUCCCAAAAAAAUAAUUUAUAAUAGUACAAAUUUUAUAAUACAUGAUUAUACAUAUGGUACUUUGGGACCAUUUUGGGAUUUAUAUAAAACAGUUCCUAUUUUUCUUGGUUUAUUAAUAUUUCCAUUUUUGAACUUUAAUAGUCCUACUUUUUUUGCAAAAUUUAAUUCUCUUGGAACCAUAUCAAUUAUAUAUUUAAUAGUGUUUAUUUUGAUAAAAUCUUAUUCAUGGGGUAUCAAUAUGAAUGAAAUAGAAUGGAAAACUAGUUGGACAUUAAAAUUCUCAUUUCCUGCACUUUCUGGAAUGUUGGCAUUAUCAUUUUUCAUUCACAAUAUUAUAAUUACUAUAAUGCAGAAUAAUUAUGAUCAGAGUAAAAAUGGAAGAGAUCUUUCAAUAGCUUAUCUUCUUGUUACUUUAACUUAUAUUACAAUAGGUAUAGUAUUUUAUGUGUGUUUUCCACUGAAUAAAUCAUGCAUUGAAGAUAAUUUAUUAAAUAAUUUUCAAAAAUGGAGUGGCUUGACAAUGGGUGCUCGAAUUGUUCUUCUUUUUCAACUAUUAACUGUUUAUCCAUUACUUGCAUAUAUGCUACGUAUUCAAUUACUUACAUCUAUAUGUAACAUAUUUAAUACAGGUUGUGUUAUUAUGAUUAAUAUUAUUUUAGUAUCUGUAUGCAUUUUUUUUGCAGUAUUUGUACCCUAUAUUGGUACAAUAAUACGAUAUACAGGUGCUUUAAGUGGUUUUAUUUAUAUCUUUACCUUACCAAGUUUAUUAUACUUGGUAAUUUUGAAAGAACAAAAAAAAUUAACAAUAUUUUCUCUAUUUUUACAUAUAAGUAUUCUAAUUUUUGGAUUUUUAAAUUUCUUAGCUCAAUUUUUUAUUACAGAAUAUUAA